AAAUUUCGAUAAAGGCGAAUUGAAAGCACAAAGUCAAUACUAUUUUAAUUAAAGAAUUUUUCGUACAAUAUAAUUAUCGUGGUGAGAAAGAGAGCGGGCGUCUCGACGCGUACGACUUUGAAUCGACUUUGACCUGUAGGCGGCGCUGGUAUGCGACGCGUCAGGUGUCACGUGACAAGUGCGGAGUGGGGAGUGCGUCACGUGACGGGUAUAGAAUGGGGGGAAUAGUCUCCCAUCCUCUACUGCGCAGUACGGCGAAGUGAGAGAGAAGAAGUAUUUUUCUCGCUCUUUCUUUCUCUCUGAAAAUGUGAGACCGUGGUUUUUCGCAAAUAUUAUAUAUAUAUAUGUUAUAUUAUAAUUAUAUUAGGAUAAGUUGAAAUAACCCGGCCAAGAUAUCCUACAAUCUUAGAUACAGAAAGUGUCAAAAGGCUGGAAAGAGUGUAUCAAAUUGAGGUUAAGUGUCAAAUCAAUCAUAUGUAGUAUUUAAUAAAUGUGUGUUUGGACAAAAAUUAAUUUAUCUGUAGAAACAAAGACAAUUGAUAUCCGAUUGAUUUAUUCAAAUUGAAUAAAUUGAAAAUUCUUUACAUUUAUAGAAAAUGCAGAGUAUUCGUCAGUGUGUGAAACAUCUAAUGUUUUAUGGUAGAUUUACCUUAAAUAAAGUGGGUAUAUCACCAAGUACAGUAAAUACAUUUAAUCUUAUACCAACGUACAGUUUCCAUCUUUCUGCGAUAUGUAACACCAACUUGAAAAAAUAUCAGAAACCGAGACAUUUUCUUUCUUAUAACAAAACUGUUUUUCCACCUCAAAAGCCAGAUGAAGAAAGAAGGCCUGCUUAUGUAUGUUAUUAUAGAGCUAAUGUAAAAUAUAGCCCGAAAAAAAUGUGGUACAUUGCUGCUUUUGUACGAGGAAUGUCUGUAGACGAAGCUGUUAAACAGUUGAGCUUUCUGCAUAUGAAAGGUGCUCAAAUUGCAAAAGAAGUUAUACUAGAUGCUCAACGUGUGGCUGUAGAACAACACAAUGUCGAAUUUAAAAGUAAUUUGUGGGUUGCGGAAUCAUUUAGUACUAAAGGUAUAGUACUGAAAGGUUUACGACGUCAUGCUAAAGGACGCAAGGGAACUAUUCAUUAUAGAUAUUGCCAUUAUUUUGUACGUUUGGAAGAAGGACCACCACCUAAACACUAUUAUUUACCAUAUCCUAAGACUGGUGAAGAAUUAUUAGAAGAUUGGUUAAAGCAGAUGCAUAUGCGUAAAGUGCCGAAUUCUUUGUAAAAGUUUGCUAAGAGUUAACAUAUAUAUAUAUAUAUAUAUAUAUAUUAGAAAUAUA